AUUAGUACAGCGACUGCUCGCCCGACUGCACGUAUCAGUCGGCUCCAGCUCCGUAUUAAUUGUUUAAUCCAUGUGUAUACCAGCCAGAGGAGAAACAUGUAUUACUAUAUGGAAUUUAAUGAUCGGUUUAAUCAAGAGACCGUCACGACGGUGGAUUCUGCCAGCAUCGCAGCACACCUGCACGAGCCGCGUGAACUACACUUUCCCCCGUUCGCGCCGUCGACGCCGCAGAGAAUCUCUUCGGAAGACCUAGCAGAGGCUCUUCGCCCUCACCUUCUGCCACCAGAGCGGAUGUGGGCAUUAGGAUAUCCCCUGGAAAUAGAGCCAGACUCAUUGAAGGCAGUGUUCUACAUAAAUCCGCCGCUUCGAUCGCGACCCCUACCGUAUACCGUAUCGACGUGGGACGUUAACGCUCCGGAGUUCGUGCCAAGCGAUUCAUAUGGUGACAGCGGGCAAGGUUCGUGGGGCUCAACUUCACGGUCCGACAGUGAAGAAGAAACCGAUGCCGUGGAUGUACAUUUGUGUGUGCGUUGCAAUAACGUAUAUGAAGUGACUCGCGAAGGCGAUUAUUUAAAAAAGGAGUCGUGUAUGUACCACUGGGGCCGUCUCAUGGGAGACAGGUAUACAUGUUGUGAGGCGGUGUUCGGUACCAGAGGUUGCACACUAGCAUGCUUCCACGUAUGGAGUGGUACACGACCGGGUAUGAACGGGCCUUUUGAGGGAUAUGUACGAGCGCGUUCACCACGCGGAGGAGUAUAUGCGCUCGACACAGAAAUGUGUUAUACAACGGCAGGAUUGGAACUAACGAGUAUUGCCGUUAUAGCACCAGAUGGCCGACUAGUAUAUAAAGCAUAUGUUAAACCAGAGUCGCCUGUUGUUGACCACAAUACCCGGUUCUCAGGCAUCAGGCCGCGCGACUUGGGUCGCGCGACCAAGACUUUAAGAGAUGUGCAGAACGACAUACUAGGAUUCGUUGGAACCGAUACGAUACUGAUUGGCCACGCUUUAGAUAACGACCUCAGAGCGUUGAAAUUAUUACAUAGUGCAGUACUGGACACAUGUGUAUUAUACCCUCACGCCAAAGGCUUCCCAUUAAAGCGAUCGUUACGUGAUCUUUCUAAGGAAUUCCUUGGAAGAAUCAUACAGCAUGACAUCGCAGGUCAUUCGCCUUUAGAAGAUGCUCGGGCAGCUAUGGACUUGGUUCUUCUUAAAGUGCACGAGGAGAGAGAGAACCAUGCGCUCGAAUGGAAUCAAUCGCACGUUUUGUAACCGAAUGAUCAACCAGUCAGUGCCGCGUAAAUUAUAUAGUGAUAAUUUGAAACAAUUGUUCUAUAAACUAUGAUUUACUACUAUGUUAUGUUGUAUAGAGUGAAACGAUAUUUUUGUGACUAUAACGUUGACGGAGAGCGCGUACUGAAUAGUAUGUGCUUUCGGAUUGCAUUCAGGCAAUAAACGUGUUAUUUUUUUAUUUUUUUUUUUUUAAUUUAUUUAAUCCUCCUAUCCAACCCAAAUUGUUUUAUAAUUAUUGGUUAGGGAUCAGCCAGGGAGCCUUGUUCUAAAGAAAGGGCAGCGUUAUAAUUAUAAAUGUACACUAACUAAUAUUAUAAAAAGGAAAGAUUUGUGUUUUUGUGUGUUGCAUGUAUGUAUGUUUGUAAUGAAUAAACUCAAAAACUACUAUGCCGAUUUCAAAAAUUCUUUCACGAUUAGAAAGCUACAUUCACGCUGAGUAACAUAGGCUAUAUUUAUUGCUAGAAAAUAUUAGGGAUGCUUACUAAAACUUUAGUAACGUAACUCAAGGUGUAAAAAACAAUGCUAUAAAAUAUCUUUCGUCGCAUGCGCUGCGGAAACUAUUGGUGAUAGAACAAAAGUAUGUUCUGCAAUAUUAAAGAAAAUAUCGAUAAACAGAGUGUCCGGUAAUGAAUGGAUAACCUUGAAACGUUUUAUAGUUCAACUUAUGGCCGUUCCAAGAAAUUCGAAACAAAAUAUAAGUAGUACCUUUGUUAUCUAUAUUUUAAAGAAAGUAAAUUUAUUUUACUAUGACCAUGAAAUGAAUGAAUUCUAUUGGUCUUUUGUUGUUUUAUUAUUAUACACUAACUGUAGUGAUAGAUAGAAAGUGAAUAGUAGGACUAGCUUGCAGUUUUUUUUUAAUACGCAAACUAAUUUUUUUUUUGAUGGGUGAAAAUGGUAUGGUAACCCCGCCUGCGCUAACGGGAUACGCUGGCGGAGCAUCAGUGAAGAUGAUAAAUUCAUCAGGAAUUAACCAUAAUAGUUUCCAGGGGGAACCGCGAGGAGGUCGACCUGGUUGGGUAUAUUGCUAGCAAUGGGAUUCUCAGUCUCUAUUACUAACAAUUCCUUUCCCCCCCAAAAAAACUAUGGUGGUUAAUUUAAGUUGAAUUCGUCACGAUGGGCUUAUGGACCUAGUUUCAUCGCCACUUAUCACUCCUUACUGGUGCCUCGCCAGCGUAUACUGAUAGCGCCGGUGAGGUUACCAUUUCAUUAUCACCCAUUAAAAAAUAAAAAAAAGCACAGUGGCAUAGAAAGUAGUGAGUGGGUAGUUAUUAUUAGCAGUAGAUUAAUAUACAUAUUAUAUGUUACAAAUAUGUAGGUAAUAGAUACAAUUUUCAGAGAUGUAGCUAAUACACGACAAUCGGUAUUUUAUUUAUUCGAUAAUUAUAAAUGACUCUAAAAAUAUUGUAAGCAUAGCAACUGUGUCUAUUACAGAAAAGAAAUUAAAUAGUUUAACUUGAAAGAAAGUAUAAAAUUGAAAUUUAAUGAUCCAGAAUCACACGAUUGCACUGGCUUCUGUAAAAAUUUUGAGUUCUUGUAGUGGGCAAUGACGUAUUAAAGUACAUUUAGUGGUUUUCACCUAAUUAAUAUGCACAUGUAAUAGACAUAUAACGGUUGACAAUGUAAGGCUUGAAGCAAUAAUGAUGAUAAUUAUAAUGAAAUACCAUCAUUAAUGAUUAUAAUAGUAUCUAGUAAAUUUAUGACGAAUUCCUAAAUAAUUAUCAACUAAUAAAUUCCAAUAUCCGUACAACUAGCGUUAGUUAUCUAGGAUCUAUAGGUAUAUUACAAUAUAAAAUUAGUACAAAAAUUAACAGAUUCUAACUAAAUAGUCAUUACAUUACCAUAAGUCAUUGAUGAAAUAUCAUUAAUGGUUUAAUUAUUGGAAAGUAAGUUCAUUUUAAUUACUUAAGUAGUUAAAAAUAAUAAUUAUCAUAAUUCCAAAACUGAUUGAAAUAUAGGUAAAUUGUGUAGGAAGGAUUUUCCUUUUCAUAUUCAAGCUGUUGUAAAAACCAACUAAGAAGUAAAGAACAUAUACGAGAGUGUAAGAGAAGGCAAAUAUAAUAAGAAAAGUAACCCUAUACCAAGGUCCCGGUCAGCGUAAUAUACCUACUAUGCUAUAUCAGUUUAUUUAUACAGUGGGGGAAUGUUAAUGGGUAAUCAAAGUCAAGGAUAGAGAGGAUGAACGCUAUAUUAAAGAAAGUUCAGGCUCUCGUAGUCAAUUUAUUAAGAAAGGGCUGAAAAUUAUUUUCAUAUCAGUUUUGGCAUUAGUAUGGUUGUCACUACAAUCAUUGUUCAUUUGUGUCUAUGAAGUUGUUUUGUUUUGUUUCAAAUUUGUAUUGUAUUGAAUAAAUUAUUGUAUCUGUAUUGUAGUGUAUUAAAAAUAAAUGAAAUGAAAAAAAAAAAAAAAAAAUUACUUGGGAAAAGUUAUACGAAUGUCUAUUGACGAUGGUAAUUAAUUAUCAGGUAAACUACGUGCUCAUUUGCCUAUGUUAUAAAAAAAGCUGCACAGAUUCACUCAUGAAUACUAAAUUCUAAAAGACCAUGUUUCUCUUUAGUAUAGUAACUACAGAUGGGCAAAGCACCGGGUUUAAACCCGGUGCUUUGGUAAAAACCCAAUAAACACCCAUAAACUCCCAUAAUCACCCAAAAAAAUAGGUUUUUACGUAUUUUUUUGAAAAUAUGUAAGUAAUACCAAUAAAUUAUUUUUAUAAAUUGUAUUGAUCAAUUCUACAAUAUUAAAUAAAACGUUAACUAAUAAUAUUUCAGGAAAUUUUAAAAAUCUAUAUAUAAUAAAAUGAAAGUAAUUAA